UUUUAAACUGCAAAGCACCUGCUUUGUGUCAGAAGAGACCUUUUCAAAGAAUUUCUUAUGUUCCUUUGCCCAUUUUAGUUUCUCCCUGGGGGUCCCUUCCUUCCUCCCUCCUUUCCCCUUUUGGGUUAUCUUUCUGCUUGCCCAUGUGUUUUCUUUGUGCUGGUACUGUUUAGCUGUGGAAUGAUCUCUCCUAACACCACAAAUGGGAAUCACCAAUUGGCAAGUGUGAACAGAAACUUUACACCCUAGUUGCCUCAGCUAAGAGCAGCUGAUUUGGUACAAAUCAAUGGUUAAACCUAGAAUUUUGGUCAUCUCUAUUGCUGACUGCUGUACUGUAGUGGAUUUCCCCCAGCGAUCAAAUGAAUGACCGUGGAGCAUUUUGGUUUUAUCAUUUUGGAGGUUGUACGUUGGGUAUAUGUAAACCAGGAUGGCUCAGGAGACAAAUCAAACACAGGUGCCCAUGCUGUGUACCACUGGCUGUGGUUUCUAUGGCAACCCUCGAACCAAUGGGAUGUGUUCAGUUUGCUACAAGGAGUAUCUACAGAGACAGCAGAACAGUGGAAGAAUGAGCCCACCAGCAGCUAGUGUGGUCAGUAGUAACAACAGUUCAAGUACAGAGUCCAUCCCUGUCCAGUGCACAGAAGGAAACCCUGAAAUGUCUACAGAAGCCUCUGUGAAUACUACAUCUGCCAAAACUAGCACUCCAGUAACACAGCAGAUGACUGCAAUGAGCAUCUCUCAAGAUGAAUCGAGCAACGAGACUGAGGGCACUCUAAAAGCUGAAGUUGUUACAGGAUCAGCUUCUGUGAAUGUGGAACCAACAGAAAGUUCCACAGAAGGAGAAGAGAAGGUUUUAGAAAAGUCAAAACCCAAAAAGAAUAGAUGCUUCACCUGCAGGAAGAAGGUUGGAUUAACUGGAUUUGAUUGUCGUUGUGGAAAUCUUUUCUGUGGACUUCACCGCUACUCUGAUAAACACAACUGUCCUUAUGAUUACAAGGCUGAAGCAGCAGAGAAGAUCAGGAAAGAGAAUCCCAUUGUGGUUGCUGAAAAAAUUCAGAAAUUAUGAACUGCUAUAUUGUAGCAAGACUUUCAGUGGGAAAAUCCAACAUGGUAUCUUGAAGAGCCCGGCUUAAGACAAAACCUGUUUCUGUGCAAACAAAUAGGCAUGAGAUUGGCAGAUGGUCUAGUCAAUGGCUUGCUGCUGAUGGAAAUUUGCUUUGUGGUACAAUGAAGAAAACUGUAUUAUCAAGCAUAGAAACUUAACCAGCAAAGGAACAAGGUGAACUGUACCAUAUGAGCAUUCCUUUCUCAGCAGUGGCCUUUUGACUGUGCCUUCUGUCUUAGUAAUCUACUGAGAUCAAGUCUGCAGGGAACCAGGCCAGUGUACCCAUUUAUGUGCCUGUAGGUACCUAUGCCCCUUUACAGAAACUUGAGUAAUGACCUCAUUGGCAUACUCCUUUUUUUAAUGAGCUGUGAACUUGUUCUGUGUGUUUGAUCUAGGUGAUAUGUACCUCUUUUCCCCUCAGGUAAUUAUCGAUAUGUUGCACGCAUCUGGAGUUGUGCAAUACGCUUGAGAAUGAAUGAUGGACUUAGAAGCUACCAUGGUACACAAGAGAAGAUAUUGAAAUCAAUCCAAUAAACUGAUUUCAUUUACCUCUGUUAAUUUUAAAAUCUAAAAAUUGCAAAUAUCAUACACUGUCCUGUGUAUCAUGGCUGCUUUUAGGUCAAAUAAAGGUGCAUUCACUUAGGUAAGUAUAGAAAUGCUAUUCAUAACACAAUUUCUAAAAAGGUAUUUUUUUAUGGGUAUUUAGGGCAAGCAGGAAGUUAGCCAAAGGGGUCAUUACCCAGACAAGUCAGAGGGACAGUAUCUCUUUUUGGUUAGUUUGCUGUGUCCUGGGUUUACUGUGAUAGAUUAUAUCAACACAACACAAACUACCUUUUUAAUAUAAACAUGUGUGGAAAUCUCCACACGAUGGCUUUAAAAUGACAGGAAAAAAACUACCCAGGCCUGAAAAGUUUGACCUUUUCAGUAUUAUCGAAAUGGCCUUUAAUGAAUUUUGAAUGAAUAACAUUAGUUCUAUUGGAGCCAGAUUUAUUUUAAAUUGAGCCAAAAUCAGAGCAAGAAAAAGUGAUUCUGCCUCUAAUGAGAUGUGACACUGGUUCGGGUGUGGUCCGGUUCACUGCACACUUCAAGCUGAGCUACGUGCAAAUAAAUUGCAGUGUUGCAGUCUUUUACCAGUUUUCUUUUCUUUUAGUAGCUAUUUCUGCUUUGAUAGUUAUUCACUUUGUAACAAUGUACAGUUUAAACUUGUAAAUGGGUAAGGGAUGUGGUGGAAGACAUGUAUUGAUGACUGAGUGCUUUGGGUGCUAGUUGUGUGCUUUUUUCCCUCCAUUAUUUUCUGCCUUUCUCCUUUUUAAUGAAAGUAUGAUAUAAAUGAUAAUAUAUUGUAGUUUGCUUGAAUUGUGUUUUUAGUUAUGUUAGUUUAGCUCUGGAUUUCUGAAGUUUUGACCACAUGUCGUGCACAUGCUCCAGUUGUAGCCUUUCACUGUGUAUUGCACCAAACCAAGAGACUGAUCUGUUAGCAUUGUAUCAGCUGUCGCUUGCUCAUCUGGAUAUAUGAAAUUAUGGGGGAAUUGAGUUGAAAUGCUGACCCAACCUCCAACUUUGUGUGUCAAAAUCUGAUCUCUUGUAAUCCCAUUGAGAAUGAUUUGUCAAAUUCAUUGUUUGCUUAAAAUGGAAGUACAUUCUUGUGAAAUGGCCAUAAUUGUUAUAAUCCAAGGUAUCAUGAUGGUUAGCUGGAUAUCAUAAAGGUCAAAGCAACCCAGAACUUUUAUUGUGUGGCCAGAACCUCCAAGCAAAAUGGAUGGUCAUAUUGGUAAGUUAUAAAUAUCUUUCUAUCCAAAUUCGGAUUAUGGGGCAAUUAAAUAGAAUAUACUUCUGUUUUAAGCUGCACAAAAUCCAUGUUAUAGCAAAUUGCAAAAGUUUUUGUGGUUUGGUCAGAUUCCCUCCUUCACCAGUCUUACAACUAACUUCAAUUUUAUUGAAUCAAAUGCAUAAAAUGACUUUACAUUUUGUUGGCCUUUGUGCUGGAUUCUCAAUGCAUAAGGGAAGAAUGCAAAUCUAAAUCUGCUGUAUUCUAAUACACACCAGCAAUAUUAAGUAGGUGAGACACUUAAUUUUUGAAAACAAACUAUAGCUCCUAUGCAAUUGAAAUAUGUACUCCAAUCAAAAUGACUUAUUUUAAACUGCCAAAUGCAACCAAUAAAAAGCAGCUUCUUAACAAAGUUGGUUAAUGUUAAAUGUAUUUACAGUAUUAUAGGAAUGCAUUAAAUCAGAUCAGUAUUGCACCUCCCCUUUUCCCAGCUGCAACUUUUCAGUCUCAUGGAAUUGCUGUAAAAUGUCACCUUGCAUCCCAAUUUUAGGUUCUGGUGAUAUAUAAACUUGAGGGGAUCACUUUGGACACCAGUUUCUUUGUCAACCUUUAUUUGGUCCAUUUUUGGUUUUGUCUCCAGCAAUCCAAGAUACUCCUACAAAACUUUGUGACCUAAUUUUAGUUGUGCACAUUUUUGGUGUGAUGGGGUUAAGUGUUUUAAAAGCAACCCCAGUGCACCAUUGUUGACACUUACUACUAGUGCACCUUGCAAUAGAGUUAUACUUGUUGGGAAUUGCAUACAAGUAUGUUGUACCUCCAAAUUUUAAAAAUGCAUCUUGCAUUUGUAAAAGAAUUAUGAAGAUGUAAUAUUUUGCAAAAGAAUAUUCAUUUUUUUGGAUGGUGGCAGUAUCAUACCAAGCCAACUCUACAGAGAAUUAAAGAAUACAAACCAGCCACCAUGUUUUAUUAUGAAACGUUCGUUUUAAAUCCGCGAAUUUGCUUCAAUGUAAGAGGUUGUCUGUCUUGAAGUAAUCUUUUUACAAGCUUUUAAAAGCUGAUUAAACAAAUUUUCUUUGUACUGUAUAAUUUAUAAAUUCUGAGCCCACUUAUUUUUGGGUGUUUCACGUGCAUUGUGAUUGUGAACAGAAGUAAUAGACACUCACUUGUUAAUCACAUUUUUUGAGUAUUUUGUUUUUCUUGUACUGCUUUCUCAUUUCCAAUACCUAAUUGGACUUAGUGUUAUCAAGCAACUUUGUUAUAUAUGUCCUCUCUGAACUUCUGAAGAUGUUGUCCAUCCACAAAAUGAAUGUUGCAUAUGCAAACCAGAUUAAUUUUGAAAGGAAUCUUAGCCAAUCAAAGUACCAGUCAGUUAAUUCACAAUUCUUGUUUAAUUGUGGCACCAAUGAUGAAAAUGAGACUUCUAAUUUAAGUCUGAUCCUAUUAACUUAAAGUUUUUGUUUUCUUUGAAAAAUGUAUUUUCCAGUAAUAUGAAGAAAGCAUCUUAAUAAAACUGCACAGAGGUUUUGUUCAGCACAGUUACAGUGUGAACUAACUAAGUUCAAUUGAAUCCAAGACUGUACAUGGCACCUUUUACUGUGGCUCUUGAACAUCCUGAAGUGCGUUACGUGCAAUAAAAUACAUUUGAAGUGAUUAUCUUGCUUACUAGCAACUUUCCAGAAAGAAGAUGCUCACAAACAGCAGAUGGAUGAAUAACCGUUUUGUUUUGAGGCAGAGGUGAUUUUAAGUGGAAUAUUGACCAGAAGAUGGAAAGAGCUUCCUGGUUGUCUUCAAAAUGUGGAUAGGAUUUUUAAUGUCUGCUUGAACUGGAGACUAGCAUUUGGAGUUGCAGUUCAUGAUCUCCUUUAAAGAUAUUUUCUCCAACAGUGCUGCAUUCCCUUGCAGUGUCGGCCUAAAUUGUGCUCCAGUCCUGGAAUGGGUUUGGAAUGAAUGAGUUUUUCUGGGGUCACAAGUGUUGGCCAGCUCCAUAAACUUCUCAGUUUGAAAAGGCCUAUCUCCCUGACUUUGUUCUUGUUAAAUUAGUGCUAUUAGCAAUUAAAUAUAAUACGGCAAUGUAUAAAAGUUCAGCAAGCUGUCAGUAUCAGGAAUUGCUAAAAUGUCAUUAUGAACGUCAUUUUUGUUGGUCUGUAUCUUUUUUAAAAAAUAUUAAUAUGUGCCCUUUUCUCCUCAUUGAAAAUUACUUAGUGUGGUAUAAUGUUUUAUAUGCUGGAUGUUUUAAUAUCAGAAUAUGAUAUGGAAUUCACUUGCAAAUUAUGAAUUAUAGUUUUCAGAUAUAUAAUCCUCGUUGUUUCUCUUCACCGAUAUUUCUAUAACAUGCUUUUUCAGUCUUUUGACCUAAUGCAAUCAUACCAUCACCUAAAAGACUCCAAAAGAAUCCACAUUCAUUUGAGGGGGGGGGGGGAAAAAACUUCUCUCCACUGUUGGGGUUUUUUUUUUUAGCUCCGCUUUUGGAAAGCUUUUUUAACAAAUUCCCCCCACCAACAUGAUUAACAAUCUGCCACUGUUUUAUUUCCCCCUUCUCCAUCUCCAACUUGUCUUCUCUUCUCCCUCUCCUCUUUUCUCUUCUGGCCAUACACCUGCUGCCACAGGACAUUCAGUAAUGUCACUCCUUCAGCUGUCUGGAAAUGGCCAUUAAUUUGGAGCUGAUGAAGCUUUCUGAAUAAUGGAUUUUAUGAUGUUAUAGUGGAAUGAUGUGUAUUCAAUUAAAAGAAGCUUUUUUUAUAGCUGUCUUUCCAUACACAGAUUUCUACAAUGCACUCUUAAGUAACAUAAUUAUGCAGUUAGGUCAGCAAAGGAGCCAAUUUUUUGACAAUCUUCUUUUUUGAAAUUGCAAAAGUUGCUGAACUUUUCAUACACUUGCAUUAUUAAUUUGCUUACUGGUGCUUAUUAGAUUAAGAAUAGUUUUUGGUAAAUGAGCUUGCCCCCGUGCAUGUAAUUGAAUUCUGAGCAAUGUAUAUUAAGCUAUAUUGUAAAUGUUUUUUGGAGUUGCUUAGAAAAAGUGAAAACCUGCAGCUGUUAGUAUUUUACAUUUAAAUGCAAAGUGAAAUGGGCCACCUGUCUUUGCCUGACAUGAAGAUGGAAUUUUAUUCAUUUAAAGAUUCAAUUGCUGAAUUUGAGACUUGUAUUAAAUUUUAUUUUCCAGUAACUAAAACUGUUAUUAAUGAUAGAUACUGGCAAUAUAGUGAGAUCUUACCCUAGUUUACUAAACUGUUCCAUACUGCCGAUUCAUGCAAUGAGUUGAAACUGUGAAAUACUUGGUUAUCUAAUUGUUGAGUUUGAAAUUCAGAGAGGUGCUGUUUUGCCAAGCAUCUGUGCAAGUACUUACUCAAAAUGCAGUGCCCUUGCAUUUAAAUUUUUUUAAAGAAUCUUGUCAAACACAUUAACAUGGUUACGUUUCAGAUUCUCUUUUAAAAUUCUAGUUAUUUUGAGUAAGGGACAUAACAAGCACAUACCUGUCCAUCAGACACCUGUUCAGAAUGUGAAAUUUACAUAUUGUAAAUUGAAACUUGUGUUAUGCAUAGUUACCAAAAUACUCUUGGGGUUAAUUGAGGUUUUACGAAUUGUUGAAACAUUUUUUGGCUUUUCUGAAAUCCCUGAUUUAUGUACAUGCUGCAUUAAUUGUAGUGUGGUUAAUUUUACCUAUAAAAGUGCUAUCCAUAUUGCUUAGUAUAUAACUUGAGGCAUGUGUUAACAUUGACAGUAGUUUUCAUGUAUAUUUGAGGUGCAGCAUUUUUUUAACACUCAUCUGCACAGAUUUUUAUUUCAGUUCCUUGUAUUUUUCAAGUUCGAACGUCGAUGAGUCUGUAUGAUCUUUUGAUGGGCUAGAUUCUGAGUGGAACUUAAUUGCAGCUGCUUCACGGUAGGAAAGAAAAAAAUUAGUGAAAAUGAAUUGAUGUGAGUACAUGCCUAAGAAUCUUCAAAGGCUGAAGUUCAAAUUGUCUUAGUAGAAUCUUUUCCAUGUUUAGAUUGACAGUGCUGGAAGAGAUACCUACUGCUUUUCUAUGUUGACAAAUUCAAACUGAUUAGUAGUGAAGUCCGGACAUUUCGUGAGUUCACUUAGCUUGGCUUGGAGACAGCACUGAAUUCAACUAGCGUUCCCCUUUGCUGUGAUAAAAUGUGGCAAAUUUAGCAACUGAAAUAGUUGUGGCAUGUUCAGUGCUGUUAAGAACUUGCCUAAUUCGAUUUUCCUCUGUACUUCAUAUUUAUUCAGAAGGGCUUGGGUGAAAAGCAAGUUGAUUUUCUGUACUUGGCUACUUGAUAGGAAUAUUAAUGCUGUAGAGGCACACUGCAUGUUGGCUAGUUAGAUCCCCAGUCACAGAAUCUGAGGCAAGUUGUUUUUUUUUGUGAAGAGUAGUUUUUGUUUUGUGAUGAGUCACAUGAAUAAAUGUUCAAAAUGGAACCAAGCUUCCAUGACCAUUUUGAACGUGGAAAUGGAUCUGUAUAUUUAUUGAUGAAAAUGUGGCACUCCUUCUGCAAAAGCUGGUUGGUGAUGUCUGGCUGUGGCAAAAUAUCACUACAUAUUUUGUUUGCCAGCUGAAAACUAAGCAACAUGGAUAGUUUUAAAUAAAAGAACUUAUUUCAUGAGUACCCUGUUUUUAAAGUACUAUUUUCAACAAGCUUCUGGUUUUACUUGCUGCAUGCACUGCAUUUACUUUAGUUAUUUUACAGUAUAUUGCAUUUAUUGUACAUUAAUUGUCACUAACUCUAGGAUUUUGAAUUUGUACAGAGCACACUUUUAUUAUAUUCAAGUAAUACAUAUGUUUCAGCUUGUGUUUGGAAAUGUUGUAAUGUGUAAAUAAACUAUUGUACAGUUAUGAA